AUGAGUGGACCAAACUCGUAUAGGCUUACAUUCAAUUUACCAGUAUUACACGAUGACAAUGGUCGUGGUUAUGUAUCGAUGGCUCAGGAAGCGGAGAAUGUUUAUUGGCGUUGCGGGGUUGUUGGAGUCGAGAACGGAAAGCUUGGAAUUCAGUUGAUGUGCAAUUCAGAAGAUAGAUCAAAUUUCUGGAGUAUGGAUAUAGAUUAUGAGGCUGCUCUUUGGUUUGAGGGAAAAGGGCAUCAACAUAAAACUGGAAGCCAUCACCAUGUAGCUCGGAAGUACCUAACUCUUCACUUUCCACUGGAUAUUUGUAGAAAAAUAUCCACUAAACAAUAUGGAAUGACUGUCAAAUAUGUAGUUAAAAUUAUGAAAAAAGUCGGUAUUCGAGAAAAGAGAAUUCAUAAUUUCUCAAUUCGAGAAAAGCAUAUUUCCAAUUUGGCACUGAUCGUAGAAGGAAAAACGAUUUAUUGCAAUAAAGAGAUAUUGGCAAUGAAUUCAGAAGUGUUGAUGGACUUAGUGUAUCCGGACAAUUUCAAAGGAGUACAAGAGUUGAAACUUCCCGACGAUUUUAAAUAUGACAAGCUGCUUCGACUCAUAAAACUUUUUCACGAUGAUAGUGACGCUAUAGACUGUAAUAACGUGGAAGAAACUCUAGAGAUGGCUUCAAAUCUGAAAUGUGCCACUGCCAUCCUCCGAUGUGAACGUUGGCUCAGCAAAACUCAGUUGAUGACUGCGAAAGCUAAAAUGAAAUUAGCUGAGAAGUAUUCACUGGUUGAUUUGCAGAAUGGCUGCAUUGAAAUGCUGAAGACGUCUCAUGAAGUUCAACGUCUAUUUGAGAAUCCCCAGGAUUUCACAGACAGCGAAAUUGUGGAGCUCAUGGAUAGAGUUACACUCUCCAUCGUGGGCCAUUCGUAUGACGGGUUCCCCAAAUGA